AUGGUUUCCACUGACUUCCAGGUGGUAUGUCUGUACAAGUUUCUGGGGGCCGGCCCGGUGAGGCAGAAUGUGGAGGAGGAGGAGGCAUCUUCAGUAUCCAGGGAUGUCCGCAGCAAGCGGAGUCUUCCUGUUCACAUGCCCGUCCUCCAGCGGCUCCCUGACUUCUGGAGAUGGUACAGAUUCUUCAUGGAUACUGGCAACCAGGAAGGAAUCGAGGAUCUGGACAAGAUGUACAUGAUCUACCUGCAGAACAAGCACCGCUCCGAGGAGGGUCCCAACUUCAACCACUACCUCACCCACCUCAGUGCUAUCUACAAGACCUGCGCCGAAUCCGACGACCCAGAGUGCAUCGCCGAGUCCACCAGCAAGCCCAAGGCCAAGGUGUUGAUGCCCUCGCCCAUCAAGACCACCACAGUCGGAAUGUGCAACCCUUAUAUCGACCCCUACUGCCUCUUCCCCAUGGCCCCUAAGAUGGUUGCCCCAAAGCCUCCUCUGACUCCAGCCCCGGCUCCGGUCAAAGCUGCCCCAGUGCCUGUCCUGACCCCCUUCCUGCCGUACCCUCAGAAAACCCCCACAGGUUUCUACUACGCCCCAGUCCUGGAGCCCUUCCUCACCGCUGAGCAGAAUACAGAGCUGCUGCGUAUCUGUAACCCUGACGACACAGAGUGUCUGCAGUACCACCUGCGCGCCGCCUACGGCUACAGGCCCGCUACUGGACCCGCCCCGUCCUAUGCUGCCCUGGGCUGCAAUCCCACCAAGGACCCCUACUGCCAGCCUCAGCUGGUGAAGAAGGGCCCCUCCGGCUUCUUCCACCUGUACCCCACCUGCGACCCGGCCACCGACCCCCUGUGCAUGGCUAGCGUAGCGACCCCUCCUCCCGCUCCCCUGGAGACCCCCAAGGAGCAGCACUGCAACCCCCUCUUCGACAAGGGCUGCAACCCCCUCACCGCCACCAAGCUGGCGGACCUCACCAAGCCCGUCCUGGAGUACACGCAAAAAGAAGUACCA